AUGUCGGCCGGUGCUAGUACCUCGCGACGUCAACAUCAAGAAGCGAGUGAAGAAGAGCUUGUAUCUCCUUCGGAGAGAAGUCAGUCGCCCACGACAACUUCACGAAGAAGAUCCACACGGGCAGCUGCCUUGAAGGCGAACAGGGCAAGUGCGAAACAAGCUAGAAGCGAAGAUAGUCCUGUUGAGGAGAAUGGAAAUGGGAAUGAUGAUGAAAGUGAAAGUGAAUAUGAAGAAAAGGAUGAGGAUGAGCGAGAAGAUACAAGAUCAGAGACUGAUUUGGAAUCGAUUUCGGAAAAUCGAGAAGGAGGUAUUCUUGUGAAUAGCGAAGGGGAGAGGUGGUUGAAAGUUGGAGAACCAUUUCCAUGGGAAGAAGUUGAGUGGUACUUUGACGAGUCGAUUGAGGAGGAUAUGAGGACACAUCUUGGCAAGAGAAUUGAUAAAAUGAAAGGUUCUCAAACACUCGACCCUGAACAAGCCGACCUCAUACUGAUAAAUCCUCAUCCUAAUCGUAUAAAUCCUGAUCGAUCAAAAUAUCUACGUGGACUGGGCCACCUACAAGGGAAACUCGCACGGGUGAUACCUUACAAUUGGUUAUCAAAAUGUUACUUCUCAAAAUCUGUCGAAUCUCCAACUCCACCUUCGGUUCAACCGAUUUUCUUGGAUGAAGAGGGUAAAGGGUUAAGAUUAGCUGUUUUGAAGUUGGGUGAAGGCCUCGAGGGCGAUAAGUUGAGAAGAGGAGUUAUGGUGGAUCUUGAAACUCACGGAGCGAUGAUAGUUUCUUCACCCAUCAAUGCGGAGGUCGUCAUCUUACCCCCUUCACACCCUUACAUCACUACACCCCCGAAAAAAGAUGAGCUUAAACAUAUCACCUGGCAUACGCCUGAUUGGGUCAGAGAGAAGAUCAAAAUCGCUCAACAUGUACCGAAAUCCAAAGCGAACCCAAAAUUGUCAAAAGGUGAAUCAAAGAGCAUUGACAAAUCAAACCCAAAAACGAGGACGAAUCUGAAAUCUGUAAAAUCAAAAUCGGAAGUCAAUAGAGGCAGAUCCAAAAGAGAUAGCAGUGAUGAAAGUGAAAGUGAUUCAGAAGAACUCAGACCUAGUCCAAGAAGGACUACAUCAAGAACCGAGUUCACACCUUCCGAUCGAGAUUUCCUAGCUCGUUGGCUAGCUUACCAUAGACCUGAUCAAGUGGGAAGAACCACCAGAAGCCUGUAUAAAAGGCUUGAACGAUACAGCCCGUCCCAUCCAUUCUUCAAGCAUGCUUCUCGUCAUCCCCAUUCAGCAUGGCACGAGCAUUUCAAGCGCAAUCGAUCCAAGUUAGGUAUGGAUGGGAAGGUGUUGGAGGAUCUGGUGGAUGAAUACGUUGACAAGGGUAUCGAUCGUCGACUCACGACCAGAAUGGAGAGGAAAGGCAAAGGGAAGGAGAAAGCUACCGCCCACAAGGUUAGGGCGAAUGAGAUCGAUGACGGAUCGGAAUACGAAGAGAAUGACGCGGCAGAGACUCGAGCUGCUGGGAAAAAAGGAGGUGAGAAGAGGAAAAUCGUAAGAGGUGCUAGAAAGGUCACUAGUCCGACUAUGUUGGGAGGUGGGAAUGCAAUGCAUAAUGGUGGCGGAGGACUGACUGAAGCGGCGGUCAAUGAUUAUCAGGAGAAUCGAGAUGCCGAAGGACGAUUGGAAGUGGUAGUGGAAGGAGAAGGAGAAGAAGAAAAUGGGAAUGCCAAUGAAGAUGAGAGCGAACGCGGUUAUCAAGAUGUUGAACCAGUCAUCCAAGUCGAUCAUACGAAAAAUGGUGAUGAGGGUGAGGAUGUAGAAAUGGAUGAACCCGUUUUACCUCAAACAAACAAGUCGGAAGAGCUUCCUGCUCAGGAGGGAGAUGUGGAUGCUGGUGGGAGAGAAGAUUCGGAAGUUGUUGAUGAAGCUUUGGAACAGUCUUUCCAGACAAGCAACGAAUCUAGGUCGAUGGAUGAUCCUGCUAAUGAAGGAGACGCUGGUGUGGUAGAUGCGAACCAGGUGGCUGGGGAGGAUGAAUAUGGCCAAGAUGAUCUAGGCAAAUUGAGAAAGAGAAAGAAAGAUAAGAGACCGGCAGAUGUGAUGAAUACACAACGAGAAGCUGAAGGAGAAAUUGUUGGCAUUCAGAGACGAUCAAAGCGGUUGAAAAAGCGAUAA